AUGGUUGAAAGUCCUUCUAAAUGCAAAUUCACAUUCAUCUUCUUCAUCAUCGUUUCCCUCUCUCUUGGCUUAGUUUCCUUCUCCUUGUGCAUAGUCUCUGAAAUUAAGAGGAACAAGAAGGAGGAUCUCAGAUGGAAUGGGAAACUAUGUCAUUUACCAUCAAGUCCAGCAUUUGGAUUGGGUAUCGCAUCAUUGGUUUGUUUGGCUUUGGCCCAGAGCAUUGGGAAUUCUAUAUUAUUCAAGGAUUGUUGUUCAGGAGGGAAAAGAAACGCACGGUUUAAGAUACCUAUCGUUGUAAGGAUUUUGCUUUCGAUCUCUUGGGUUGGCUUUGGAAUUGCAGUUAUUUUAUUAAUUGCUGCCACAAGCAUGAGCAAAAGGCAGCCGUAUGGGGAGGGGUGGUUGAAUAGUGAAUGCUAUCUUGUAAAAAAGGGGAUUUACGCUGGUUCAGCCAUGUUGAUUUUAGUUACAGUAGGUACAUUAAUUGGUUCAGCUUUGUUAACAAUGAAGAACAAUAAGGCAGAUCAGGGUCACAAGAUACACGCACAAACGGGGUGA